CAUAUGUUUAAAGGUUUAUUUUUACCUGCCAUGCUUUUCCUCUCCACAGCCCAGAUCAGUUCAUGAAAUCUGUAUGAAACAUAAAACCUAAAUUGUCAUCUCCUCUGCUUGUUAGACCACCAUCAUGAAGUUUGUGACUCUCGCUCUGGCCCUCCUGUUGGCUGUUGCUGCCCAGGCAGCCCCUGCUGAUAUUUCUCCUCUUGACCAUGCCCGCUCUGUGGUGGACAUGGGUCUAACAAACAUGAAAGAGAGCAUCAAGAGGGCCCUGUCUCAGCUUGAUAACACCGAAUUUGCAGAUGCAGGGAGAAAGAUGAGUCAGCAGCUAGAUGACGCUCAUACACAGCUCAAAAACUUCCAGUCUCGAGUGAAACCCAACACUGACCAAGUGUUCGCCACCAUGUCCGAUCUCACCGCAUCAACCCGCGCCACGAUUCAGGCAGAUAUUGAGAAAUUGAAAAAAGUGCUCCGCCCCCAAGAGGAACAUCUUAAGGCGGUUGUGGAUAGGCACAUUGAGGAGUACCGGGCCCUGCUGGAUCCCAUUAUCCAGGAACACCACCAGAGGCAUGUCGCCGAGAUGGAAGCUCUUAAGGCCAAGCUGGAACCAGUGAUGGAAGAGCUGAAGACCAAAGUGGAAACAAAUGUGGAGGAGACCAAAGCAGCCCUGAUGCCCAUUAUCCAAACUGUGAACAAUGCCGUCUCUGCGCGUGUGUCUCAGCUCCAUGAAGAAAGCAAACCCUUCAUCAAUGAAUACAGAGAGGAAAUGGAGAAGACCAUGGAGAGACUUAGAAACAUGGAUCCUGCAGCGCUUGAAGCUGUGAAGGCUAGGCUGGCAGAGAAAGCUGAGGUUGUGAAGGGUGCACUUGGACAGUUCUUCCAUGAACUGAUAGGCAGCGUCCAGGCGCUCUAAACCCUUUCUGCCUUGUUAACUAACAUCUCCAUAGACACAUUCCAGCUUCCUCCAUUUCCUCUCUCUUCGUAUGGACUGGGUUGUGACAAAACGUCAAGCCCCCCACCACCGCUUCAACCCCUUGACCAUUUAAGCAAAACCCUGUCAAAUCCACUCUCCCCCUACAUUGGACACACAUCAACGAUCCUCCAUGACGAAAUGCAGACAUUUACAGAUGCUUAUUAGACACGCAAGAAAAACGCUGGUUUGCUGUUUGGAAAAAGUAUCUGAACCAUCUCAUGGACUUCAAGUCUGUGUAAUGAUGUAUGGUGACAACAGCAAUAAACAUCUGAGUGUUUAUAUUA